AUGUUGAUUGCGUGUCUACAAAUCGGCAUGUGUCCAAGUUGUUUAAACACCACGCUGGAGAAGAAAGGAGUCGAAAAACCAGUUGAAGUGAGAACAAGACUUGUCGAUUUGUAUUUUCGUGGACUGUCAUUUGCUGAGAUUGGAGAUCUAAGUGGUGUUUCAAAGCAGACAGCUUAUAAUAUCGUCAAACGCGACUAUCAAGAAAACAAUGAAAUGCUGAGUGGACAGUGGGACUUCACUGGUGAUCCAUGUCCAAUCAGUAAAUAUGAGUGGUCUAUACAAGGUUUUGAUGGCACAGAAAUACAGCCAAUGAUAGAAUUGCCUGAAGGUCAGACCCAUGGCAUGAAUGACCAGGUAUCACUGAAAGAUGGAGAGUCUUAUUACCUUGUUGUCAGGGCAACAAAUCUCCUUGGAUACACUCUAUCUCUUCGAUCAAAUGGUGUCACAAUUCAAAAAGAUCCAUUAUUGCCAGGCCAAGUUAGAGAUGGUGAUGUGAUUGGUUUCGAUAUCAAUUAUCAACCGUCAGUGACAAGGUUAUCUGCUAAUUGGGAUGGGUUUGGAGUAGAUGGUUUAAUGGCAGGUGAAACUAAAAAUCAACAACACCAGAUGAUAGAGCACUAUGAAAUAGCGGCAGGAACAGAUCGUAGAUAUCCAGCAAUGAGAACCAACAUUCAUCCAUUCAUUCAUGUUGGUCUAAACAAAACACACACAUUCACUGAUCUACAAUUAGUACCUAAGUCAGUAACUUACUACAUUACUGUGAGGGCAUACAGUGUGUCUACAGCUAUGAAAGAAGUUACAUCUAAUGGCAUUCAAGUAGGAUAUGGUGGGAAAGCAGUGUCAUUGGGUGAGGUCACAGUGUCAAGAUAUGUUGCAUCAAAGACAUCAAUGACAGUCGUGUGGGGUGAUUUUGAAUUCACUUUGCCAGUCAUGUUUUACCAGUGGGGUCUUGGAACCCUCGAUAGUAACAUUGAUGACCUUACAUGCACUCAGCUGCAAAAUUUCAAUGAAGAAGGCAAAGUUCUGAGCAACCCAGAAUAUGCUCAUCUGUUUGAUAAGCAUCCUUUGACAAACACUGGAAAAGAUACCAUGGUGAUCCCUGAUAACCUGGAACUUGAGGAGGGUCAUACCUAUACUGUGGUUGUCAUAGCAACGGAUGAGUCUGCACAGUGUUCCUUAGUUUCCGACAUUGUUACCAUAGAUACUACACCACCUGUGGAAGGAAGAUUACAGAUAGGUGCUUUCCAGAGUGUGGAUGUUACAUACACAAAGCAACCAGAACAACUUGAUGUGACUUGGAGUGGUUACUAUGACGACAUAAGUGGUAUACAAUAUUAUGAAUUAGCAUUGUAUGAAGGACAGUCAUGUGAAGAUAGUGGUCAUUUAACUAUAGUACAGGAUUAUAUACAAGUAUUACCCAAUGAUACUGACUAUACUUUCUUAGACCUGCUUCUUCAGGAUAGCCGCCCAUAUUAUGUACGGUUGAAAGCUACAAAUAAUGCAGGACAGUCAGUAAUUACCACAUCGCCACCUAUAUUACUAGACGUUGUUGACCCAGUUGGUGGAGUUGUCAAAGAUGGAGACAACUAUAAAGUUGAUAGAAUGUAUCAAAGCUCAACCAAUCACAUGAAAGGUGUCUUUCUCCACCUUCCAAACCCAGACAGCACUGCAUGUCCUACAAGGGACUUUUCAUUGGACAGCAGACCAUCCAGUACUGACUGGUUAUCCAUCGUAGAUAGUGGUAUCUGGUCUGUUAAUGCACAACAAAAAGUUAUAUUCUCAGAUAAUCAGGUGUCUUAUUCUGCUACUGAUGGUCUUUCUAUCACAAUGACAAGGGAUGUCAACAAACAAGAAAUGAGGUCAGCAGCUGUGUCAUAUGGAAGUCCGGAUGUACAUGUAGGGGGAAAAUACCAGGUGGAAAUAAUUGCAGCUGGUGGGGAUACCCAUGCUGUAACCAGCUUCACAUUUUGGGAUGGGCCAUCUGGUGUUGUUGGUGAUAUCAAUGCACCAUUGGGAGAAAAAACAUGGGAAGAUAGUGUGAUUGAAAAGCGGGAUUGCAGAUGCUGUGAAAAUGAAAAUAUUGCAGGGAACAAUAAUCACAGCCAGGAAACAAUGGCUACUUCUCAAAGUUCUGCCCAGGAUACAGUCACCUCUUCACAAGAUACUACCCAGAAAACAGUCACCUCUCCACGAUAUACUACCCAGGAAACAACUUCUUCUCCUCAAGACACCAUUUCAUGUGAAUGCAAUUGUACAGCUUACUUCAUACAAAUUGCCGCAACAACAACGGCUGACACGACUGCUGAACCAUUACACGUAACAACCAAUUCAUGGAUUGUGGUGGGCAAUGAUCUACCAGACAAAACUUUCACAGGUGAUGAAAGUCUGAAGAAUUAUGCGCAGACGGCUUUGGGACUCCAGUUACAUUCAGGUGUGAAUGUCAAUGAUGAGAUAAAACACUUUGCUGUGAUGUGGAGUCGCUUUGUUAAUGACACGUAUGAACCAAAACAUAAGAUUAUCGAGCUGUCAUUUGAUCCAUCACAAGCCUGGCACACGUAUUGCUUGCUACUUACAAUGAAUGAAGUUGGAGACAGGGAUGAUUGGACAGUGGAAUUGCUCAUUGAUGGUGUGCCUGCUACAAUCAUUACUGAUGUUCCUAGUCUGAGUGAGACGGCCAAACUAGUCAUGUCAGUAUGGAAUAGAUUAGAUUAUGUACCAGAGAUUACAGAUAUCUUCAACCCACCUACAAGUACAGCUUCAUUCAGAAAUCUUAAACUUCCACCUCCACCUGAGAUGUUGUGUCGAUAUGGUGAUCCAUUCCGUAAUGGUGAAAACGCCAUUGAGGGUUUCAUGGCUGGGGUUGGAUCAGAAAGAUUACUGGAUGAUGUGGUACCGUUCAGAUUGGUGACCAGUCCAUGCAUUCCAUGCGUUAAGCCAUGUGAUUUAUACAACUGUGAUAGUUCCUGUUCAAACAGUCUCACUACACUAUAUCAUAUUGAACUGGAUGACUUGAACUUGAAACCUGAAGUCAAUACUGAGGAAGAUGGUCAAAAUGUGACGGUUCCAGCAACCUAUUAUCUUACUGUAAAAGCUGUAACAGGCUCAGGUCGAUCAGCUGUUGUUUCCUCUGAUGGAGUCCUGAUAGAUGUAACCCCACCAGUGAUUGUGGAACUAUAUCAUGUGGAUAUGGCAUGGUCUGAUGCUGAACCAACUGAAUAUCAAAGUAGUGAUAACACCAUAGCUGUUAGAUGGGAUGUAUAUGAUCUAGGAAGUCAGGUUAAAGACAUUCAGUAUGCUAUAGGGAGUCAACCAAACUCAGUUGAUCUACAAAACUUCAAAUCUGUGAAGUUACAUUCAACAUUUGCUGUAACGGAUGGAUUACAACUUGUGAACAGAGCCAAGUACUAUGUGACAUUAAAAGUAACUAACAAUGCUGGACUCGAAAGUGUUAUGUCUUCCACUGGUGUGACAGUGAUUGGUGAUUCACCGGAUACUUCACAUGGCAGUUCAUCUUCAUACUGUGGACAACCACUUAGUAAUGGAUUGGUCAAAUGUAACAAUCAGCAAACAAUAGGACUAUCAUGGGUAGCACUGGAUGACAAUCUUGUUGAUGCUUAUUAUUUCAGUGUUGGUUCUUCUAGUGACAGUGUCCAAGAUGUUAUUCCACAAGUGCAAGUUGGAUUGAAUGUAUCUGGGUCAGUGCGUGUGGAAGGUGGUGUCCUCAUGAUUGGCGAGACUCCAGCUGCUAAUCUGUCUGCUAUGCGGGAGAGAGAUCUUGAUGAUGAGAAGAAUAGACUAGAGUCAGGUUUGAAAGAGGAAUAUACCAAUCGAUUCCUGAUAGAACCUGGAAAAGUGUUGGUCAGCAAUCUUAAAGUCUGCAAUAAAGGGCAUAAAUGUAGUAAAUACAAUGUUGAAAAUGUAGCUAUGAUUCGUGAAAAAGAUGAGGUGAUAACAUCAGAGGAUGGUGGGGAUGUUACCCUCAACUUGUUUGAAGGUGGUAACAACGAUAAACCACGUGUGAUUAUAUCAACUGAUGGAGGAUUACCAGAAGGUUCCACCUUAGCAGCAGGAAUAUUGACAUCAGAAGAUCUUUCAAAGGAUUAUGGGUCAGAUGCAUCUGUAGAUUAUAAAUCAUUUAUUGUGAAUCCAAAAAACACCAAGGAUUUCACAAGUAGAGCUUUAACAAAAAGAAUUGAAAAAUUCAUGGGUAAUGCAUUUUAUAUGAAUUUACUGGAUGAACUCAGUGUCACUGGCAAGAUAAAUAUCACAAUGUCAUUUAAUAUGUUGGAAUAUAAAGCUGAUUCCAAACCCAGAAUUAUUUUUUGGCACACAGGUUAUAAAGAAUGGCAUGAUGCCAGUCACACGUGUGCAGACUCAUUUGAACAAUACUUUUAUGAUUUAGAUGAAGGUACCGUCACAACCCAGGUCUGUUCAACAACACAUGUUCCAGUAACAUCAGGGCUUGCAAUUGCUCGAAAACGCCGACAAGAACUAUCUGAUAAUACAUUCACUGGGCCAACAGCAUUCAACCUUGCUAAUAUAAACAACGAAUACCAGAAUACGCCUCCUGUCAUUACAUCAGACAAUCCUAUAUCUAUGAAAGAAGAUAGUGGGACUCUAAAAUUCUUGCUCAGAGCCAGUGAUGCAGAAGGAGACGACAUAUUAUUCAAAGUCGAUGAUAGUUCUCCAUUUCCGCAGUUCGGAACGGUUGAACUUACUCUACAUGGUCACUUAUCAUACAAACCAUGCCAAGAUUGCUAUGGUGAAGACAUAUUUUAUUUCAUUGCAUUUGAACAAAGAAUUGAUGGUGUUGAUUCCUUGUCUGUUAGUGGAGCUCUAACGAUUUUGGUAACAUCUGAGAAUGAUCCGCCUGAGAUUUUUGUUGCCGUGCAUGGGAACAACAUGAUUGUGGAUCAGAAAUAUGACUUAGAAAUGAUUAUGGAACAACGGCAUUUGGAAAAUAUCCAGUAUCAGGAUAUCAUAGUUACAGUCGGUGCCUGGGAUGUUGACGUGGAAGAUGAACUCAAUUUGUUAUUUGGAAUGCCAUCACAAGGAUUUUUAGAAAUAUCGAAACAAAAGAAAAACUUUACAUUUAUAGCAGCAAACUGCACUGUAGAUGAGAAACAAACCGCAGUGGACUGA